UAAUUGCUGUUGUUGCUUUUUAUUCGGGUGUGUUUCAAAAAAUGUGGAAACUAACACUUUCACUUGCCACAAUUCGUUGGGUCUUAAUAACAAACCAUCCGCUAAUCUGUUUGUAUUUGCUCUUGAGACCAAUAACAGUCGAGUCCAUUUCCACAAAAAACUGUGACAAAGCUUAGUGAAGUAUUUCGUUUUCGUGUCAGCCGUUUCAGAGAAAAGCAUGUUCGUUGUAUGCUGGUGUCCUGUAUAACUGGCGAUUUGAGUUCGGUCGGUUGAUUGGCACUGUGUGAAUUGCGCAAGCGUCACCUCAAAUAUUCGGAAAAUUCAAUUUACAAUAUAUUCAAUUCACUUACUUGUCGUAUAUCGGUUUCUAUUAUGUGUUUGUUUUCCUCUUUCGAGGAACACAUCGUAAUGUUUUCCUAAACAGUUGUCAGUCGCCAACAACACGCGUGCAUGUUCAAACUUCAACGGUUGAACAACAACCGUUCAUCUAAUUUACUCAAACUUCAACACAACAUAUAAACCCGUACGUAACAAUUUCGAAAACAAACCACCUUUUCAAUUUAACAUAAUAAUUAAAAAAAACUGACGUGUCACCACAAGCCAUCGAAUGACUUAGAAAAAUAAAAUAAAAAAAAAACAUUUAAAAUUCGCCGCGAUAAAUUCAAAUAAAAGGAUUUUUUUUCACGUGAUAUCAUUCAUAGUCGUUCAAUUGGAAUUUGACGGUGUGGAAACAACUUGAUAGCGACCAAUUAAUGUGAAUAUUUGAAAACAAAUACAAACCAAACAUUCCGUUCCGAUCAAACGUAAACUACCGAAAAAAUUUGUUAAUUUUUGUUUAAACUGUGCGCUCAGCUGAAAACUUCUAAAUCAGGUCACUGGCAGUAGCAAUGAAUGGAUAACAAACAAUAUGCUCGUGACCCGAGGGUUGCGCGAGUAAACUGGAAUAAAACGAAAAUAUUGCUUGGGUUUCGAAAUGUUGUUGCCGCUGAGUUUUACUGUCCCGCUCACGAUUCUAUCAUUAAUAGCUCUAAUAAUAAAUAUUACCGUUCUGUUCAUUGUGGUUUUAUGCAAACAGGUGUCACCAAGUAAUAUUUUGCUAUUUCAUUUGGGUAUCAUUGAAUCAUUGUUAUGCAUUGUGUUUUUGGUGUUUUCGGUACCAAUUUUAACAAAUCCGGUCGAAAACUUCAGCACAAUAUGUAAACUGGAUGCAUUCUUUUUGACAAUUUUACAUCCAAUUGCCGUGUGGACAGUGUGUGGCCUUAAUUGUGAUCGAUAUUUUGCAAUAUCAGCGCCACUCCACUACAACGCUAUUGUUAGUUCAAGAAAGGUAAUUUGUGGUUUGGCCUGCGGUUGGCUCAUCGCCAUUAUCGGAGCAACAGUUCCAUUAUUCGAUGUUGCACCAUAUCAUAUGUAUAAAGACGUUGGCAUUUGUGGACCGAAUUUCUCGAGUGAAAAUUCACUUUGGUAUGCAAUCACAUUUUCAAUGUGCACAUUCAUUAUACCUGGAUCAUUAAUUAUUCUGUGCAACGUAAAGGUGUUCAUGAUUGCUAGAUACCAUCGUCAUCGAAUAGCUGGAGCAAUUUUUCAAGUCACGCUGUCCGCUCAAGUAACGAUAACACAUCAACGAAAUCCAUUUCCAUUGCCAUUUGAAGCAAUUCCACCGAAGCUGCGAGCACGCAGCCCAAUGACUAGUGUUUUCCAAAUUGUUGGCUCCUUUUUAUUAUUAUAUUGUCCAUAUUACGUAACAAUAUUAUGGCAUAGUUCAUUGAGCUCCAUUUUCAAUUGGAACAUUCCAAAAAAUAUGGAAAUUCCAUUGUCAGUUAUUGUUCUAUCAUUUAUGCUGAUGCAUUCAACCGUAUUUGUCAACAUUAUCAUUUAUGGGUUGAAGUCGAAGGUGUUGAGAAAAUCGGUGAAAAAUUAUUGGCGAAAAAAGAAAACCAAACACGAGAUAAACAAUGAAAUUCAAGCGCGUACACCAUCAACAUGUGGAUCCCGUCGCCCGUCAUUGAAUGCAUUGAAUUUCGGACGUUCCAUUUCACAUCGACGUCUAUCCGAAACGUAUGUGAAUUUAACACAAAUGGGUAACGGAUCACAACGGCCUCAUAUGAAACGAAUUGCAUCCGAACUGUGCUGGCAACCGCUCACACGUAAUUCACCCGUUGAAUUAUUGCCGCAUGCAUCAAGUGCGAAUACCUUGCAAAUACCACACAACGACAUUGCCGAAGAUGAUGGCAAAAUCGAACUACAUGACACCAUUCAAACACGACUCAAUUCUGUCAAUGACAAAUCGUUGUCGACAACAUCAUUAAAUAGCCAUUCCAAUGCCAAUUAUGAGAAAUUAACAACUACAUACAUUCAAAAUACAUGCAAAGAGGUUCGACGGUACCUACAAAUUGGUACGCGAAAAGUAUUUCGCAUCGAAUUAAAUGAUUCGUAUAAACGAAAAGAGCCCGUUUCACCGUUACGUUCACCGCAAAUUUUAAUAACUAGCACCUAUUCGGAUGACAGUACCGAUGUACAAUCAUCGCCCAUUGUAAAGUCAAAGCAUGAUAAUCUUUUUACAGAAAGUUUAUUUGAACAAAAAAAUAACCAAACAAUCGAUUUUGAGAUUAAAUCGGACGACAGUGAUGAUAAUUUACCAAUCAAUGAAUUUUAUUCAAACAAUGCAAAGCGAUGUCUUUCGCUUGAUGAGCCCGAAUUGACAAAAUAUAAAAUUCCUAAUUCAGCUGGUGAUAUUGAAGAGCCAUUACUGUUAUCUUGGCCUACGACUCGGAAAAAGUACAAACAUGAACCAAAUAUGAAUCAAUUAUUCACUGAUCGUUGCGACGAACCUGAAGUUGUUUUGUGAAUGACACACACACUGAUUACAUUUCAGCUUUAUUGUUAUUGUUAAUAGUUUUGAAUUUUUUAUUUUAAAUUAUUAAUUUGUUUGUUAGGGGGAUUUUAUUUAAGUGUAGAAUUAAAGAAGGUUAUCAGAUCGAUGGAUGGAUGGAUGGUACACCAGAUGAAUAUGAAAAACAAACUGAAAACAUAUUUUGGUUUCAUCACUCUUAAUUACUACUAUUAUUUAUGUUUUUCUAUUAACGAGAUUCAGCAAAGAAUUCGAAAUACCUGCACUACCAAGAAAAAAACAAACAAAUUAAGAAACGUGUUGAUUUAAAAUACACCAUUGACCACUUUUUAUGCAAUUGAAUCCGCUCCCUCAACGAGGCCAUUAAGAUUUUAUGGCCACGUCUCUGGUUCUAUCUUCCAAUGUCAGAAACCAAUUGAAAUACAUUUAUUUUCAUUUUGAAAGGUAUUAUGUCAUAAUUUAUGAAAUGUCACAAAAUUCAUCCAUUGACAUACAAUAUCGACACGCUUCCAAAAUACAUAUAAUAAAAACCAACAUACAUUUAGAUUUCCCCAAACGCACCCGAUGCAACCAUUUCAAGCAAAAUCGAUCUGUGUCAAUGAGCCAUCGAGAUGGUUCUUUCAAUCACAAGAUGUUGGGAUGAACGACAUUUUUGUUGACAACGCCCGCGAACAAAUACUUUGAGCAUUUUCAAUUUAAAUGUGAUGUCGAGAUGUUAAAUAUCAAAAUGUGAAACAAGAUGCUUAAGAAAUCCUCAGUGAAAAUACGAAGAAUGAGAAGGGCAAAACGCACGAAUGCGAUUCUGAAUUGAACUAAAGGGAAUCGAUUCUAUUUGUGUACGCAUAUCCAUAGAAUAAGAUGAUGAAUAAUUCAACGUAAAGAAUUGAACGCUUAGACUAAUGUAGUUACAACCAUUGAGUUUCGAACAAUAACAGUUCAAGUCUUCUCAGUGUUCAAGCGUUUAUAAUAAAAAAAAAAUUGUUGUUAUUUUCCAUCUUUUGUUUCGUACAUUUAUUCCGUUGCUCUUCAAACACUUCAAAGUCACUGUACCUUUCUUUUAUUUUGCCCCUCAAUUUUUUUCCUCUCGUUCAUUCCUUUUUAACGAAUAACAAAAAAAUAAUAAUAAGUGAUUUUUAAACAUUUCUACCUCAAAUACAAGACAGACACGAAAACUCUAUAUAGAAAGGCUGCAAAAGAAAUUAUAAUAAUAAUGAAUAUGAUAUUGAAGAAAC